AUGACAACCACUGAAACAUCGUCAUUUAGAGACGGUCUCAUCUUGCAACAUGCAGAUGUGAAGAUUCAUGGACCGCGGCCAGAAGAGAGCUUCGGCCCAAUUGUCUGGCCUCAUCACGAGAAAAAAGUGGUGAAACGAAGCAUCAGAAGGGCGUUCAGACGGGCACAACGAGAUGGUGUCUGCUGGUAUCGAGGGCAGUGUUUGACCCCCCAAGAUUUUCAAUUUCCUACUCCAAUGCAACAGAAGCUGCAUCCUGCUGCACCGCUGACAAAUCAGCGGACACGCAAUGACCUCCGACAAUGCAAUGCCUCUCAGCAGAACAGGAGAUAUUUGCGAUUUUUGCAGUGGAACACCUCUGGACUCUCCAAGGAGAAGCUGGAAGAGAUCAAAUGCUGGCUCAGCACCCAAAAUGCUGACGUAGUGGUCUUACUCGAGACACACUGGCGCUUUACCAGUGACUGGAGUGACAGUGAAUGGCAUCACAUCCACAGCGGUGACUCUGAGAAUGCUGGUGCUGGCAUUCUUCUCAUGGUUUCCAAGAGGGUCGCAAAACUGCAACAGUUGCAAUGGCAGGAAGGGCUUCCCGGGAAUACCCUUAUGGUUUUAGGAGAUUUCAACUGUAGCCUUGAUGCUUGUGCUGCUCAUGUUGGUUGUGCCAAAUUUCAUUCGACGCUUGGCCUCACUUUGGGGGUGCAGCAUGCAGAUGCCGGACAGCUCAACACUGCUGACGGCUGUGCCAAGAAUGUGAAGUAUUUGCAUGAUCUCCCUUUUUUGAAUGCUAAGAAAGUUGGGCAUGUGCCGAUGAUGUGUCAGCUCAAGCGCUACUGGGUCCCCCCUGGGGUUGACAGUGGGACCGCUGGCAUUUCUGCCCAACAGCGUCUUCAGGGACGAAACGCAUGCUUUUCUGACACAGAACAGUGGCGACACUUUAUGUGCCACUCUGAACGCUGCCUCACUGAGUUUUUGCAGAAUGUGGGGCCCUCAGAUCCAGAAUUUAUCAGCAAGCUGCAUGUUGGUAGCAUUGCAUCCCCUGUAGAAGAGCUUGCAAUUCUCAGUGCUUUUGUGCAGACUGUUUGGCAUGGACCCGACGCUGUCCCCAUGUCCAAUGAUGUGACAGGAAUGCCUUUUUCUGAACAUGACCUGAUGCGUGCUUUGCAGAGCAUCCCUGCCUGUAAAGCUGUUGCUAAGCCAUUCGUGGCUGGCUACGUUUGGAAAUCGCACGCGGCACUUCUCACACCAUAUCUGUAUCGUGCACUUGAGAUGUGGUGGAGUGGGUCAUCAGCCUAUAUACAACAGCAUUGGAAAGAUGGAUGGAUGUUACUAAUCCCAAAACCGGCCAAGCCUCCGGUCAAGCCGGAGGCCUUGCGCCCCCUGGCGCUCCAGGAACCCCUGGGCAAAAGUGUGAUCGGACUGUUAGCCCAAAUAGCAAAGGAUGAGUCCCAGUUUCUCAUGGUGACAUUACCACUAUGGGCCUACAUGAGUCAACGCUCCACCCAACAUGCGCUGCAAAGGGUUGGAGUGAAUCCCAGGGUUGCUCAGCCUUUGACCAGCUGGCACUGCCACACCAACUACCAUGUCACGGUUGGUGGUACCAGUCAAGCCUUACCAGUUGGAUCUGGUGUGCGCCAAGGUUGUAAGGCUGCCCCGUGGCUUUUCAACGCCUUCCUUGCCAUUUAUCUUAUGGAUCUUGCUCAAAUCAUUGAUAUCAAUUGGCUUAGGGAGCACCUAGACCUUCAUGCUGAUGAUAUCCAUGUUGGUAGCUUGUUUUUUUCCGAGCGUGAGUUGCACAUGAUCCUUCAGAAAUGUGGCAUCAUUUUGGAGCAGCUGCAAGUGCAUGGACUUACAAUCAACACCACGAAAUCUGUCAUCAUCCUGGCAUUGGCUGGAACCUCACACCGAGACGUGCGUGCGAGACUUGUGACUCACACUGCUGAUGGACAGAUGAUCAAAAUCAAGGGCGCUGGCAAUCAGACUUUUCAUGUCCCGCUUGCAAAGACGACCAAAUACCUUGGAUGCAUCAUCAGCUACGAUCGCAUGGAAUCAGAUACAUUGAAGCAUCGACUCUCACUCAUGAAGAUUGCCUUUGAUCGAUUGCGCAAGUGGCUCACAGCAAAACAUGGUAUGACCAUGCUCACCAGGAUGCAAUUGUGGCAGACAUGUGUACUACCUGUACUCACAUAUGGUAUCUUUGUGAUUGGCCUUGCACCACAGGACUUGCAGAGGAUUCAGAUCACCAUGUUCACCAUGCUGCGACAGAUUCUUCAUAAUCAUCUUUUUCGAACAGGCAUGACGCAUGAACAAGUCUUGAGCCGCUGGAAUCUCUUGCAUCCGUUGGCCUUGCUUUGGCACGCUGCCGACAGUCUUCACAGGUCAGUGACCCAGAACCAACAUCUUUUGUCAGCCAAUGACAUUGCGCGCAAUAUUGACUGGAGCAGCCUGGUUGCUGUCAAAGAUAUGAUUUGGAACCAUCACCUCAUAGGCCUGGAAGCCUCUGGACUGCCUGGUCCUGACACGUUUCUACAGUCAGGCACCCAGGAGGAAGACAUUAUCACCUGUGAGAUUUGUGGUUUUCUUUGCCAACAU